AGCCGAGGCAACGACGGACCGCACCGCCCUCGCCAACGUUUACUGAAGGCGCGGUGUUCACCUGGACAGCAUCUCGGACCCACAUUGCUCCUGGUUAUGAAGCCGCCUGCAAACGCUCUCAAACAUGUCAAAUCGAUGGCGUUUCCGUCGCCGCGCCAGCAGGAGAACGGCGCCCCCGCCGCGUCCUCCUCCUCCGCCGCCGCCGUCGUGAGCCGCCUGGAGCCGCUGGCCCUGGCGUGGGCGCUGUGGCUCAAGCUGAGAACGAUCGUGACGCAAGUGGCGGUGGAACCCGUGAUGCUGCUGGACGGCCUCGGGUUCUCUAUCAUGAUCGUGUACGUGGAGAACCUACAGAUGGACAAGAUCUGCCGCGUGAACCUCAACUACACGGAGGAGGUGUGCGAGAACCUCUCCCACUACCCGGAGGAGAACCUGAAGCUGCAGCAGUCGUUCAGCAUGUUCGGCAUGUACAACGGCAUCAUCAUGGCGUUCAUUCCGCUGUUCUUCAUCCUGUUCAUGGGCGCGUGGAGCGACAAGUACGGGCGCAAGGUGCCCCUCGUCAUCGCCAUCAUCGGCCACUUCUGCUGGGCGGCCGGCUAUCUCGUAAAUUCGUGGAUGCCCGAGUGGCCCGUCGAGUACAUCUUGAUCGCGGCGCUCAUGGACUCGCUCGGCGGCGGCAACGUGUCCUUCCUCACCGCCGCCAACGCCUACAUCAGCGACGUCACCUCAGAAGAGACGCGGACGUCGCGGGUGGGCUUCGCCAACAGCAUCUGGUUCUUGGGCGGACCCAUCGGCACGCUGCUCGGCACCUACAUCUACAAGUACGGCGGUUACCAGAUCCUCUUCGGGACGUCGGUGCUCAUGUACACCGUGUCUCUCGUGUACCUCUUCUUCCUGCCCGAGAGCCACGGGCCCUUCAGGAAGAUUAAGACCGCCGAGAAGACCGAAGCCAACGACGGUGACCAACAACAACAACAACAGACGGCGACGAGCAAAGACUCCCCCGGACCCGAGAACGAGGAGCCGGAAAGGGACGUCGAGGAAAUCACGGCAUGGAAAAUGGUGUGUGAUUUCUUCAGCUACGACCGGAUCGUGGACUCAUUCCGGUGCACAUUCAAGGCGCGCGGGGGCAUGCUGAGGACCUUCAUCCUCCUGCUGAUCCUGUGCAACCUCCUGCGACGUCUGGGAAGAGGAGCUUACAUGUACCUUUUCACGAGGAAGGUCCUUCACUGGAGGGCUACCGAUUAUGGGCUUUGGGUCACCUACAAGAACCUGAUGGCUGCUCUAGGCUCUAUGGUGGCCGUCCCGCUCCUCUCCUCCGGUCUGGGUGUGUCGGACAACUACCUGGCCAUCUUGGGUGCGACCGCCUCCGUGUGCGACUACAUCUUGUACGGCCUCGUGUCGGAAGACGUGGCGGUGCUCGUCUGGGUCGCCCCCGCCGCUGCGAUUCUGGUGAAUUCGUGUGUUAUUGCGAUUCGGUCGAUGCUCUCCAAGUUCGUCACGGGAGAUGAAUUAGGCAAAGUGUCAGCCGUCAUGGGUGCCUUCGAUGGGGUUAUGCCCAUGGUUAGCUUCUCCCUCUACACUGCAGUUUAUCAUGCCACAGUCCACGUGUUUCCCGGCGCUCAGUUCUUCUUCGGGGCCUCGGCGAACCUGCUCAUGACUAUAAUCUUUAUAUUCAUCAUCAUAUUCACGACGAGCAAGAGCUACAGCAUCAAGGACCUGCACGAGACGGAGAGCAAGGGCACGGUCCAGCCGACGUCCCUGCGGUUCUUUAGCGAGCGCCUGAACCGCCACCUGCAGCCGGGGCGGGAGGUGAGCGACCCCAGCACCCAACGCACCGCUAUGGUCCUCUCCGGCGUGAACUUCCACAUCGCGACGCCCCGACAGGAGAAGAGGAAGGUGGGGCGGACCCAGAGACACCGCGACGCCCCCAAAGAAGUGGUCCCGAGCCACGCGCCAAAGAAGCUCACGGACGCCGACAUGAAGCUCGUGCAGGAGGAGCUGACCUUCCCGCAGAGAAGGUCGUCGACGCAGAGUCCUCCGCAGCCAGCCAGAAGGGCGCUGAAAGGGGUCGACAACCUUUCUUAUAUUGAGACCGAGUCGAGUGAGGCCCUUAGCCGAAGGGCGGACGACCGAGUGACCCCGAGGGCGGAAAACCCCACGACUUCCGCGAGUCAAAAGGGGACCACGACGACGACCCAGUGAAGCGCGAGUGCCGUGGCCUUUCACUGGCUCUAGUUGUGUGAGGAGGUUACUUAUGUACCGACUACUACCUUUUAAUAUACUUCAUGAGUCUGAAGGAGUUGGUUCGUCCUGUGAUAAGUAACUAGUUUAACCUGUGGUACGUUGUAGUGCCGCUGUCUAUACGCAAGUACUUACGAUGAUGACGCAGCCGUCUUUACUAUCUUGAAUAACCGUGCAAGUGAAAAUGGAACUGUUACUUAUGAGUUAAUCACCGUUACAAGGGUGAAGCAUUGGAUCAAUCUGAAUCUUCGAAAUGAACAAAAGUAAGUGUUUGUUCAAAGUUUUGAACAAGUUCCACGUGGCCCCUCUGGCCCAACUUACUAUCCGUCCAUUCUCCUCUUUUUCCUUCUUUUUCAACCUCCAUGACUGAUCACUUCUCUUUUCCUGCAUUUCUCCUUUCUGUUCUACUUCUUUCUCCCAAAUUGAUGCUCCGUUUGCGAAGUGGACGCAAGAACGUUCAAAUAACCUCUCUACUGAACAUGUUUCCCAUCCCUUGGCAUAGAGUAGAAUACCCUAGUUUAUCAACGCUUUGUGGUGGAGGAGUUGGUUAGGAGUGUCCGAGUCGCUAGAACAUUAGAUUUACAACGCUCUAUUUAUUAGCCAGCGGUUCAAGGGAUAGACCUAAAUUUAAGGAAAAGAAAUUAACCAGUAACAGAACAGAACAGGGGACUUGACUGGGCCUUUCAUUUCGACACAGCGUGGAGACAAAGACAAAAAAUAAAUAAAUAAAUAAUGUAAAAAGAAAAAAAAAGAUAACAGGUGUCUCGUGUGAUUAAGCCAAAGUAACACACCAAAGUCUAGUCAUGUCUGGGAUUCCUCUGAAGUGUAGCUGACGAUGCAAAACGAACACAAUUGAUGAGUAUAUGUGAUUACGAUACGUGGUGCUGAUAGUGUGUCUGAUAUGUAGAUAUCUUAUAGAUGUUUGUGUGUGAUAGAUAGAUAGACAGUUAGUGUAUGAAAGAUAGGUCGUCAUUGGUGCGUCUGAUAGACAAGCAGAUAAUGUUUAAUAGAGAAAUAGUGCAUUUGAUAGAUAGACAGAUAGUGUGCCUGACAGAUAGCCAUGUAUUGUGAUUGAAAGAUGAAAAAAUAGAGAGAAGGAAGAGUACAAAGCAAGGAUGUGAAGGCUAUUGUUAAAAAAAGAUAGUAACAUGAGAAUGAUGAGGGUGACUGUGUGGUUUUGAGAUCCGUGUGUGUGUGUGUGUGAGAGAGAGAGAGAGAGAGAGAGAAAGAAAGAAGAGAGAGAGAGAGAGAGAAAGAAAGAGAGAAAGAGAGGAGAGAGAGAAUUAAAUGAAUGGAACACCGUGAUUAAUGGUGAGUAGAUUACAAAAAAGCAGAUGAAAUAAGUAGUAUCUGUGUGGAUGUUGUGCGUGGCGUUGGAAGCAGGAUGGCAGAGGUCAGCGGAUUUCGGUGUCAAAGAAAAAGAAAAACAUAACUUUAGACAAAAAAAAAAUAACAAUGACAAUAAAGGUGUACGAGAAUCCGCCAAAAGACUUUUGUGAUGUAUUUUAUCAAGUGUCAGUUUAGUAUGGGCUUUCCUUUUCAUUCAUUCUUCUUUUUUAGCUAUUUUUAGGUGUAUACAUUGUGUAAUAAACUUAUAUGAAUA